CCUUCCGUUUCAUCACCUUCCUUGUUCUUCUCUCUGCGCGUCGGACCGGAGUUUGAGUUUCGCCGGGGUUGUCGCCGGAGUUCUACAAGGAUCAGCCGGAGUUUAAUUUGUCAAUUGAGGUGAGUGAUUUGUCUCUCGUUAGAAUUAAUUCGUAAGUUAGGAUUCGUUAAUAUAUUAUAUCCAAUUGAUGUUGAAUUUGUGAGUUGGAUUGUUGAAUAUCUUGAUUAAUUGGAAUUGAUGGUAUAUUUGGAAUGGGGUUUGGGUUGGAUAAUGGCUAUUUGCCUUUUUCGAACUUUUCUCUGCUAUGUACUGUUCCGUCGCUCUCUCUGUACCUCCUCUGUUCUUCUCUGUUUAUUCCUCUCUCUGCUCGGAGCCGCUGCUGUGUUGCCGACCAGGGAUGUCGUCGCAGGUGACCCCGCUGCUGGACAAAAUGUUCGCCGCUGGUUGGAGUUGGGGAGCAGGUACUCUUUGGACAAUAGGAUUGGGGAUUUAAGUUUCUAAAAUUGUAGAUUGACCCCAUGAUUCUCAAGACGUUGCAAUUAGGCCCUCUUCUAUAUUGUGCCUCUAAAAUUUUAAUAAAGGCUACAAAUUAAUCUAAUGCAUUGUUUAAACUAAUGAAUUGUGUAAGGGUAAUUAUGUGAUUGAAUUGGAUUAUGGGAUCAUGUCUCCUGGUAUCUAGGAAGGUCUGAGUUAAACUGAAUUCAUAAGGAUUAAGAUUUAGGAUUUAGGCCUGGUGGGGCGAGCUUUGCAUAACUCACAGGUCUUGGGUUAAAAACGUACGUACGGGAGUCAUUAGCCUACCUAGGGAUUCCUUUGUAGGGGCUCCAACCCGCCCAUUGAGGAUUCUCUUUGGGUUUCAUCAAGCGUGGCCUCGGGGGAUCUGUCCGAGUGUCCAUGACUUAGUUAGUCAAAAGGAAACCUUAGCCUAUAGGGUUAAGUGUAGAUGAACAACAGGAACUGAAUAUAAAUAAUUAGUUGAUCAUGGU